UUUUGGAUCAUCCAAAGCAACAAAAACCUAAUCACAUGGUUUUGCUUCAAAAUAUUGAAAACAAUGCUGUCACCAAUGAAGUGAUUUGUCUUCAGCUUGAAGCUAUAAAUCUGCCCAUUCCCUCAACUCUUUCCAACCAACUCAAUUGCUUAAUACUUCAUACUCAUCUAUUUCCUCAUCUUUGAAAAAAAAAUCUCUUCUUACACUCAAAAAAAAAAAAUCUCAAUAUGAUUAGUACAAAGAAGCUCCUCAAGAUGGCAAGAAAGUGGCAAAAGAUAGCAGCUGCCAGCAGGAAGAGGAUCUCCUGGCCGAAACCACUGGCUGAUGAGGGUCACUUUGUUGUCUACACAACAGAUGGAAAACGAUUUACCAUUCCUUUGGCUUAUCUCAAGAGUGAGAUUUUCAUAGAGCUUUUCAGAAUAGCUGAGGAAGAGUUUGGGUUAACAAGUUCAGGGCCAAUUACAGUGCCUUGUGAUUCGAUUUUCAUGGAAUACAUGAUUUCUAUGAUCCAAAGACGUGUAGCUGUAGAUUUAGAAAAGGCAUUGAUCAUGUCAUUAGGCAGCUGCAGACACUCAUCAUUGUCACAUGAGCAUCAAGAACAAACUAAGCCACACAUACUUAUUUGCAGUUUCUAGAAAAAUUAUGUCCUCUUUCGUAUAUAAUGUAGAUUAUAGAAAAUUAUUGUAGGCAUGAAACAGAAAUUUUUUGUAGAAAUUAAUGAAAGUUUAGAAUGAAAUCAUUCAAAUCAAACAACUUUUCCGUUG